GCCAAUUCCUUGUGCCGACUUGGCACACGUAAGCAUUAUGUAAAUUAUCACGGCGAUCCAGCCGAUUUCUUUUCAAGUAAAAACUAAAAUCCUACAGCCAUAACCAGCCCUUGUCGCCUGUCGGUGGACUCUGUAGUCUGAAAAUUCACAGUUCAAAUCCAGAGAGAGAGAGAGAGAGAGAGAGAGAGGUCUGUGAACAAUGGCCUUCGUCUUCCUCACUCUGCUUGUUUUCUCAUCUCACUUCCUCACCACCACCGUCGCCGAGAUCCGCUUCUCGGAGAUCCGAUCCGACGCCCGCUCCACCAUCCCCUUCGACGAGUUCGGGUUCACCCACUCCGGCCGCCUCGAGCUCAACGUCUCCGACAUCUCCCUCUCUGUCUCCGACCCGAACCCCAACUCCAAACCCGACCUCUCCCGGCUCGGGUUCCUCCUCUGCACGCGCGACGCCUGGUACCACGUCCUCCAGCAGAUCCAGGACGGCGACGUCUCCUGCGUUAUCGACUCCAAACUCGUCAAGCGCGUCUACAUCUUCGACAACCUCGGAGACUCCAGAAGCGUCGACGCCGAAACUAGGGUUUCCGAUGCCAAUCUGUUCACUCUAUUGUUCGCGAAUUGCAUCCCCAAUCUUCGGCUCUCGAUGGAUGUUCGGUCUUCAAUGUACAAUCUCGAAGGCAGCUCUGGUCCCCGUGAUUAUUUAUCCGCCGGUAAAGCUGUUCUCCCGAAAGUUUAUUUCUUGUUCUUCUUGGUGUAUUUCUCGAUUGGGGGCAUUUGGGUUUAUCUGCUUUAUAAGAACAGAUUGACAUUGAGUGUGUUCCGUAUACACUUCUUCAUGCUUGCGGUGGUUGUGUUGAAGGCUUUGAAUCUUCUAUGCGAGGCAGAGGAUAAGAAGUACAUUAAGAGAACUGGUAGUGCUCAUGGUUGGGAUGUCCUGUUCUAUAUGUUUAGCUUCUUGAAGGGUAUUACGUUGUUCACAUUGAUUGUUUUGAUUGGGACUGGUUGGUCCUUCUUGAAACCUUUUUUGCAAGACAAGGAGAAGAAGGUUUUGAUGAUUGUCAUUCCUCUCCAAGUGGUCGCAAAUGUAGCUCAAGUGGUGAUUGAUGAAACGGGUCCAUAUGGGCAGGGUUCGGAUUCUUGGAAGCAGCUGUUCUUGGUUGUGGAUGUUGUAUGUUGUUGUGCUGUGUUAUUUCCCAUUGUUUGGUCCAUUAAGAAUUUGCGGGAAGCAGCGAGAAUGGAUGGGAAGGCAGCAGUGAAUUUGAACAAGUUAACCCUUUUUCGGCAGUACUACAUUGUUGUGAUAUGUUACAUUUACUUCACGCGUGUCGCGGUUUAUGCUUUGGAGAUUAUUACGUCGUAUCGGUAUCAAUGGGUGAGUGUGGUUGCGGCUGAAUUGGCUACUCUUGCUUUCUAUGUAUUCACCGGGUACAAUUUUAGGCCUAAAGUGCACAAUCCUUACUUUGCAAUCGAUGAUGAAGAGGAGGAAGCUGCUGCAGAAACUUUGAAGGUUGAAGAUGAAUUUGAAUUAUGAUUUAGUUUGGGACAGUCUUUAAGGGGAAGAGACGGUGGAUCGGCAGGAUUGCAUAUUGAAGGUGGAAGUUAAUCUAUCUAUUAUCAAAUGGAAGUACUUGUACAAGCUGUAGCCUUUUGUUCCGAGUCUCUGAGUUCUUCCACAGUUCCCAUUGGAUUGGAUCUUUGUAGUUGAACCAUAUGCCGAAAUAACCGUAUCACACAAAUGCCCUACUUGUAUGUGAAAGCUUUAUGUUCACUAGGUAGUCCUUGGACUACUUUUAUGUCA